AUGACCGAAGCUGUCGCUCAGAUAGCUUUCAAGAAGCGCUCACGACCGGCCCAGACGAUCAAGAGACCUUCGCAGUCUGAUGGGAAUCAUGACGGCCCGAUCGCGGACGAGCAAGCUCAUGAGCCAACCGACAAUUUGGAGGACCUCUUGACGCUCAGGAAGCUCCGACAAGCUACACGUAAGGAGGGCAUCGACCUCGAACGACUCAACAGCGGUGAAGCUCAGAGGCGCAAGAGGGCGAAGAGGACAGAGGGAGAUACGAAUGAGUAUGGCCUGCAAAGCAAGGACAGGGUCAAGGACAAAGAAGAUGAUGACUAUCUGCUCGACGACGAGGACCUCAAGACGCGGAGACUCGUCAAGUCUAACAAUUUCACUCAGCAGACCAAUACGCUCGACGUGGACAAGCACAUGAUGGCCUACAUCGAAGCAGAGCUACGCAAACGCACGCAGAAGAACCCGGGACAGCUCGAUGUCGAAGAAGAACUGGGCAAGCUCGACCCACACGACGAGCUGUACCAGGUCGCGGAGCGAUAUAGGGUCGCGAAGAUGCCCGUACGCGAAGGCAACGAGACAACGUCGAGUGCCAUGCUGACAGCCGUCCAAGAAGUCGAUCUGGGCAUCGACGCACGUUUACGCAAUAUCGAAGAGACCGAAAAAGCAAAGCAGCGUCUGCGGGAGCUACAGAACGCGCCGCGGCCACCCAAGGAGGAGGAAGAUUUCAACUAUGCACGAGAGAGAUUCUUCCGGGUCUCUGCCCAACGAGCCGACGAACAAGCACUCGUCGCCGCGCAUCGUGAGGCAGAAGGCCUGCCGCCUCUCGAACUGGGCAAACAGAGCAAUCGUCCGCUUGCUGCAACGGAUGAAGAAGUCCUCGAGCGGUACCGCAAGCGGCAGAGGCAAUUGCAGCAGCAACACAAGCGAUGA